AUGUUUAUGUUUAGUACCGAGCGAAAAUUCAACGAGAAUUCACACUGACUUUGCGAAAAAUAAUUAUAAACAAAUGGCAACGACAUUGCUGAGGAUGGGAUUGCGAGCGGCGGUGUCGAAGGGAGUGAAUUUUGAACGAAGGAUCAUUCCCGCCGUCAAUACCGGUGCAUUAUUGGGAGGAGAGAGGCUGGCCAAGUGGCAACGAUAUGAGAUUGCCAGAGCAAUGUCAGGCAAGAGGAAUGUUCACCACAGGCCACAGACAUCAGCAUCUGUCGAAGCGGAGAGUGAUGAUGACAGCGAUUCCGAGACCGAGUCCAGGGGCUCUUCUCCAUUCUGGCGAAGGAAGAUGCGAACUCUUCACAGCCAUUUGGAUGUAAAUAAGGACGGUGUUAUCAGUUAUGAAGACUUCAUGCUGUUGGCUGAGAGAUUCGCCGAUUUGGGUCAUUUGACGCCAGAUGCCAAGAAAGAAUUCCAGAAAGUUUUGAGCGACAUGUGGGAAGAGCAGUGGGGGGAAAUAAGUCCCUACAAUCUCGUUGGUAUUGAGCAGUACUUGGAGGAGAUGAAUCGCGUUGUGAAUGACUGCUCACUGAAGAGGAAGUGUCAUAAUUUCCUUCCCUUUUUAUUCAAGGCUGUUGAUUACGACCAUAAUGGCGUAAUAACAGUUGAAGAGUUUAAACUCUUCUUCCGAUGCCUUGACUUGGGAAAUGACCACGCUGUAGUUGCGUUUACAUUCAUUGAUACAAAUGAGGAUGGAAAUAUCUCCCUGGAAGAAUUUGUAUCACUAGGGCGAGACUUCUUCAUCACUGAAGAUCAGAGCAAGCCAAGCAAACAUUUCUGGGGACCACUCGUCGACUAAACCGUCCAAGUGGUUGACGAAAACAAAAAUAUUGUGAUAAUUUAAUUACAGACAUCGUCAUUUUUUCAUCUCUACUCAUUGAUGUUUUCCCAUUAAAAUGUAAGGAUAUCAUUUACGGUGAUUCGGCGUAGAAAAUCACUAGAAUAUUUUAUCGAUCAUUAAAUGCACUCAUUAAAUAGGAUAAGGUAGUUAUAAUGUCAUAGUAAUAGAAUUUUUUUUAAUACUUUUUAAUGUAAAAAUGAUGAACUUUUCAUUUACAAUAAAGAUUUCUAGUUUUAUAGAAUUAAAA